AUAAAAACAGAUUUUAUAAUUGAUAUCAGCGGCCGGUCAAUUAGAAUGAGUGUCCAGUUAAGUUUUUUUUAUUCAAAUAACUACAAGUAAACAAAUCACUCAUUUUUUCUGUACUGGAAGUCUGUUAUCUGUUUUGAGUUAGGUUGAUUUAACUGAUUUCCAACAACUACCGAUGACAACUUUUACCGGCGACCGAUCGACUCAUUUCGAUAUAAAAGGCACAACACUCUAGGAGCCAUUUGUCCAAAAAAAAAAAACAAUAGAUUUAUAUUUCAAAAUGGAUGCCGGUGGAAUUAUACCCGAUAUUAUUGAUACUAAACCUGGUACUGUUGCCAAGGUUGUCUAUCCGGGCGAUGUUAAAGUUGAAUUGGGAAAAGAACUGACCCCAACUCAAGUAAAGGACACACCGGAAGUCACCUGGGAAGCAGAUGAUAAUAGUUUGUACACAUUGCUGAUGGUUGACCCGGAUGCACCAUCUCGUCAGGAGCCUUCGUAUCGCGAAGCCUUGCAUUGGCUAGUCAUCAAUAUUCCCGGUAAUAAGGUUUCAAAAGGACAAGUUGUUGCGGAAUACAUUGGAUCUGGGCCACCUGAGGGCACCGGUCUACAUCGUUAUGUUUUCUUGGUAUUUAAGCAAGAAGAAAACAUUUCCACCGACAAAUUCAUAACAAGAACAAGCCUAGAAGGUCGCCUGAAUGUAAAAACCCGAGAUUACAUUGCCAAGUAUAAGUUGGGGGAUCCGAUUGCUGGUAACUAUUAUGAGGCCAAAUACGAUGAUUUUGUUCCAUCCUUAAUGUCUCAAUUCAAAUCGAAUGACCACGUAUGAAUUGUAAAAUAACAUCCAUUUUACAAUAAUUGUAUCAGUGUUUUUAAGAUGUUAACGUGAAAACUAUUUGAACAGCCGGUGUAAUUGUACUUUUCUAAACUUGCAGAAUUUGGUUAUUUCAGAGUUGUUGAUACUGUUACUAUAAUAAAAUAUUAAUCAUUUUUAUA